GCUCCAGUCAGCGACGUGGCAGAGGCCGGAAGGGAAACUGAAACCCAAGCUUCAGUGGCUCGCAAUGGGCGGCGGCCGCAGUCAGAGGGAACCGAACGGGAACCGGGGAUUUACGCAGUUAAAAAGGCUGUUCCUAGGAGCUGAGCCCGGAGCGGACCGUCGGCCCAGUGUCCCAGCCCAGCGCUCGGCGGGAGGGGCCGGAAGAGGAAGUCGGGGCUGCAUCUCAGAGGUCCGGGUACCGCCAGCGCUGCCUGCGCCCCGCUGCCCGCCCGCGGGAUGGGGCUGCUGCCCUCGCUGCACGGUCCCGCGGCCGUCCUGCUCUGGAGCUGCUUGCUGGGACUGACAGCUGCUCAGGAAGCCAUCCUGCACGCGUCUGCAAAUGGCACAUCUUCACUUUCCAAGGACUAUUGCAUGCAUUAUAACCCCAAAUGGACAAGGCUUCCAGGUUCCCUAGAAAAUGCAACUUCUCUUAGUUUGAUGAAUCUGACUGGAACGCCACUGUGCCACCCUUCUGAUAUUCCUCCUGAUGGCAUAAAGAACAGAGUAGUGGUGGUGCAAUGGGGAGUCUGCCAUUUUCUUGAAAAAGCCAGGAUUGCACAGCAAGGAGGUGCUGAAGCUUUGCUGAUUGCCAACAGCAGUGUCUUACUUCCUUCCUCAAGGAACAGAUCUGAAUUUCAAAAUAUGACUAUACUAAUUGCAGUUAUAAGCCAAAAAGACUUUAGAGAUAUGAAGCAGACUCUUGGAGAUAACAUUACCGUGCAAAUGUAUUCUCCAUCCUGGCCUAACUUUGACUAUACUAUGGUGGUUAUUUUUGUAAUUGCUGUGUUCACUGUGGCAUUAGGAGGAUACUGGAGUGGACUCAUUGAAUUGGAGAACAUGAAGACAGCGGCAGAUGGCGAAGAUAAAGAGAUGAGGAAAAAGAAGGAGGAGUAUUUAACUUUCAGCCCUCUUACAGUGGUUGUGUUUGUGGUCAUCUGCUGUGUCAUGAUCGUCUUACUCUAUUUCUUCUACAGGUGGCUUGUUUACGUUAUGAUAGCAAUUUUCUGCAUAGCGUCGGCAACGAGUUUGUACAACUGUCUUGCUGCAUUGAUUCAUAGGAUGCCGUGUGGACAGUGCACGAUUUCCUGUUGUGGCAGAAACAUUAAAGUGACCCUGGUCUUCCUCUCUGGACUGUGCAUCUCAGUCUCUGUCGUGUGGGCUGUGUUUAGAAAUGAGGAUAGAUGGGCUUGGAUUUUACAGGAUAUCUUAGGAAUUGCUUUCUGUCUCAACUUAAUUAAAACAAUGAAGUUACCCAAUUUCAAGUCAUGUGUGAUACUGCUAGGCCUUCUCCUGAUCUAUGAUGUAUUUUUUGUCUUCAUAACACCAUUCAUCACAAAGAAUGGUGAGAGCAUCAUGGUGGAACUUGCUGCUGGGCCGUUCGAGAAUGCUGAAAAGAAUGAUGGAAACUUGGUGGAAGCCACUGCUCAACCCUCAGCUCCCCAUGAGAAAUUGCCAGUACUUAUCAGGGUGCCAAAGCUGAUCUGUUACUCAGUGAUGAGUGUAUGCUUCAUGCCUGUUUCAAUAUUAGGUUUUGGAGAUAUUAUUGUACCAGGCCUAUUGAUUGCAUAUUGUAGAAGAUUCGACGUUCAGAGUGGUUCUUCUGUAUACUAUAUUUCAUCCACAAUUGCCUAUGCUGUUGGCAUGAUCAUUACAUUUGUUGUCCUGAUGCUGAUGAAGAAGGGGCAGCCUGCUCUCCUCUAUCUAGUACCCUGUACACUUCUUACUGCCUCAGUCGUUGCUUGGAGUCGUAAGGAGAUGAAAAAGUUCUGGAAAGGUAGCAGCUAUCAGGUGAUGGACCACCUGGACUAUUCAACAAAUGAAGAGAGCCCAGUGUCUACUGAUGGGCAGGCUGUGCAGCAGUGAUUACGUGGACCUACAAUGAUGUGCUAUUGAUUUUUACAAAUAGAAUUGCCGACCGCCGCCGCCGCCACCGCCACCCUUUUUUGGUUUGUGGGUUUUUUGGGU